AUGGCCGCUCGUCAUUCGCGCAAGUUUCUGCGACCUCUGCUCUAUACCUCGGCCGCUGCGGCCACGGGCGCCGGUGUCCUGUACAUCUCUUAUCGCCCCCGCAAUAUUCCCGGUCUCGAGGCGCCUGCAGUUCCCCCACCAGGAUAUCGCGAGGGCAAGCUGGUACCUCCGAGUUUCCCGCCGAUCAAGUCGCGCAGCGAGCAGAUUCAGGAUCUGAAGCGCAGCCAGGAGGAUGAGCCCUACGAUCUGCUGGUGAUCGGCGGUGGUGCCACGGGAUCGGGCAUCGCGCUCGAUGCCGCCACUCGAGGAUUGAGGGUCGCCGUGGUGGAGAGAGACGAUUUCAGUGCCGGAACCAGCAGCAAGAGUACCAAACUGGUCCACGGUGGUGUCCGCUAUUUGGAAAAGGCCGUUUGGGAGUUGGACUACAACCAGUAUAAGCUCGUGAAGGAGGCGCUCCGCGAGCGCAAGUACUUCCUGAACACAGCGCCGCACCUCUCCCAGUGGCUGCCGAUCAUGGUGCCGCUACAGAAAUGGUGGCAAGCCCCCUAUUUCUGGGCGGGUACCAAGGCCUAUGAUUUCUUGGCCGGCUCCGAAGGUAUCGAGAGCUCCUACUUCCUGACCAAGAGUAAGGCGAUCGAUGCAUUCCCCAUGCUGAAGCGGGACUCGGUAAUUGGGGCCAUGGUGUACUAUGACGGCGCUCACAACGAUUCGCGCAUGAAUGUCUCGCUGGCCAUGACCGCUGCGCUGUACGGGAGUACCGUGGUGAACCACCUGGAGGUCACCGGACUAACCAAGGAUGAAUCGGGCAAGCUCAACGGCGCGCAUGUCAGGGAUGUCAUCCCCCAGAAGAACGGCCAGGACUCGCCGCAGUUCACCAUCCGAGCCAAGGGUAUCAUCAACGCCACUGGCCCCUUCACGGACUCGAUUCGCAAGAUGGACGAGCCUGAAACCAAGGAGAUCGUGGCUCCUAGUUCCGGUGUCCACAUUAUUCUUCCGGGCUACUACAGCCCUUCCAACAUGGGCUUGAUUGACCCGUCUACCUCUGAUGGACGUGUGAUCUUCUUCUUGCCGUGGCAGGGCAACACCAUCGCUGGUACCACCGAUCAACCUUCGGAGAUUUCCACGCAGCCCGAGCCGUCGGAGACGGACAUCAACUGGAUCCUGUCGGAGGUGCGCAGAUACAUUGCCCCUGAUAUCAAAGUCGACCGAGGCGAUGUCCUUGCUGCGUGGUCAGGCAUCCGUCCCCUGGUCCGCGACCCAAAGGUGAAGAGUUCCGAAGCGCUGGUUCGCAACCACCUCAUCUCUGUUUCUCAGUCCGGCCUGUUGACCUGUGCCGGUGGCAAAUGGACCACCUACCGCCAGAUGGCCGAGGAGGCCGUGGAUGAGGCCAUCAGCUCCUUUAAUCUGAAGCCUCGCGAAGUGACUUCCGUGCCGGACAUCAGCGGCGUGGGUGGCAGCGGGUUGGUUUCCGAUGGUGCCGUGCUGGACGGUAGCUGCCAGACUCACCAGGUGCGGCUGAUCGGUGCUCACGGCUACUCCAAGACACUCUUCAUCAACCUCAUCCAACACUAUGGUCUGGAAACCGACGUGGCCCAGCACCUUACAACGGCCUAUGGUGACCGCGCGUGGCAGGUUGCCGCCUUGUCCUCUCCCACGAAUGCCCGCUUCCCCGUACGAGGCUGCCGUCUCUCGGCCCUCUACCCCUUCAUCGAUGGCGAGGUCCGUUACGCUAUUCGCCAUGAGUACGCUCAGACCGCAACCGACGUGAUUGGGCGCCGAACUCGCUUGGCCUUUUUGAAUGCUGAGGCGGCGCUUGAAGCACUCCCCAACGUCAUUGACCUGAUGGGCGAGGAGUUGAAGUGGAGCAACGCGCGCAAGGAUCUCGAAUGGAAGGAAUCUGUGGCCUACCUGCGCUCCAUGGGCCUUCCCCAGGGCCUCCUCGGUCUAUCCAGACAGGAGGUGCAAGGAGGUCGGGUGAAGGAGCUCGAUGAUGCGGACCGCAAACUAUCCACCCGGAUUGGUAUGUAA